AUGUCACGAAGAAAUCGAGUUCCUCACCAGCCCAUUGAUCACCGAUAUGCGUACCGACUGGAGCAACCUGUCUCUCGAGGUCAUGUGGUUCGGCCCAUGCCUCCACAUCCCGCACUAUUAGAGGAAGAGCUUCAAAUCCGACACGCUGAACUCCGCAGACAUUUGGGUGAAAACAAGAGGCUGGUUGAAGACCGAUUUACCUUCGAACGAGAUUUAGCUGCUGCAAAGGAAGAGUUGCGCCGCAUGAAUAUUGCCAUUGGUGAUAUGCGUGCCGAACAAGAGCUCCAGUCUAGGGAACUUGUGGAAAGGGGCCGGAAGUUGGAGGCUGACCUUCGUGCAACGGAGCCUCUGAAAAAUGAGGCUACACAACUUAGAACCGAGAUCCACAGAUUGAGUGCGAUGAGGAAGGAUCUAUCGGGUCAGGUUCAGACCCUUUCUCAAGAACUUGCAAAGCUGAGGUCUGAUAACCAGCAGAUUCCUAUACUGAGGUCUGAGAUUGAUGGGCUGCAUCAGGAACUGUUGCGAGCUAGAAAUGCCAUUGACUAUGAAAAGAAGGCAAAUGUUGAGCUGAUGGAUCAGAGACAGUCAAUGGAAAAGAGCUUGGUCAGCAUGGCUCGUGAAAUUGAAAAGCUUCGUUCUGAGCUUGCGAAUUCUGGUGCUAGACCACUGAGUGCAGCAGGUGGAGCGUAUGGUUUGAAGUUCAGCAAUCAAGAUGCAAUUUACCCUGCCCCGUAUGAUGAAUAUGGGACUCACCAGGGUGCUCUAGAGAAACGUUCUAUAUAUGGUUCUAGUUCUACUUCAUGGGGAGGACAUGAAAAGGCACAGAGGGGUCGCCGUUGA